UAAGUAGAUGUGUGAGACGGUGACGGAGAUAAUAAAAACAGUAUGAAGUUAGUAGAAGAAGAACAUGAAUCGAGCGUGCGAGAUGUACUAGUGGACCUGUGCUGCGGUAAAAUCUUUCGACGCAUGACUCGGCGCCAGGAGGGAGAGCCCGAAACAUUUUUGAUGUAGCAGCAGCACAAAAGUUAACAUCUUCCCCCACCUGAACCAAAAAAAUGACCAAGAACAAGAAUACUAUUGACGGGAUCGAACAAUAAUUCGUAGCACAUCUUCACCAGAACUAGAAGCAGGAGAAGCACAAGGCGCGUCUUCUAUCACGUCUUACUUCACAGCCAGCACUUCUUUGGAGAAUGGAUCAUACAGAACAGCCGGUCCCUGAGCAACCUUAAGUAACAAAACUUCGCGAUCUUCUCAUUUGAAUAAUUCUUCUUCGGGGUGGAUGGCCACACACAAACCAUCAGCCGCGAACGCUAGAUGUCGGGAUAUCGGGUGAGCAAGCGUUUUGGAAUAGGAAACUGCGUUGUGUACGCACGACAGUGAGUAGAUGGCUUUUACGACCAGGACUACGUGUAUUUUUUCCAAAAAAUUAUAAUAAUUUAAAUCAAAAAAUUAAAUAAAAAUGAACGAAGCUACAACUUGCUCGACUUCUUUCUGGUCAUGAGUUUACCACUAGAAUCAAAACUGACAUCACUCAAAUCAAAACCUCGCCUCUCGGCCUACAGAAUCAAAACUGACAUUACUGAACCUCAAGCACAACGACAUGGAAGAUGACAAUCACCACAACUACUUCAGGCACAUCCUUCAUCUGGGCCACUCGACCUGUUUGCAACACGCGCUGCGAUUUCCGACGUGAACUUCUGUAGCAGCACCCAAACCCGAUGAUUUGUCUUUCCUGCUACGCCACCGAAGGGAAGCAGAAGCGGGGCACGAAAGUGGAGAUGUGGAGAUCGAGUGCCGAUAUGCUUGUCUCACUACUUGAGCAGGCGUAUUUUUUUACUGUUUGUCAGUACUUGAGCUUCAUCGAGGCUGAACACUUGAACUAGACCUACCGGGACAGGAAGCCGCCACUGUCCACGGCCUUGCUUGCAUGAAAUCCCCGAUGGCUACUGUAUGUGUUGUGGCGCAAUGAUCCAGCGGUCAGCGUCAAGCGUUUCAUGGUGGUCAUCAGCACUUUGCUGAUUGUCCAUGCACAGCAUCAUCUUGCCAUGAAGAAGUCCACGGGGGGGGGGGCGUUGUCGGGGGCAGGCCGCCGCCUGCUGCUGCUGCAGCGCUUUUUUCAGCGGCAACGGACCCAAAGUUCUGGGGCCCGUUGCUGAAAGUGGGAUCUGGAGCGAAUUUCUCGGCGUAGCCCGAAAGGCCCGCCCGAAACCCCAAUCGCGAUGACUUGUUUGCUUCGUUGCAAGAACUUAAGGCCAGAAUAGGCCACAGCUUUAAGCCUUUGCAGCCAGCACGCAGUAAAUUGCUGCGUGUUGGCUGCAAAGAUUUACACUUGCGAACAAAUUCGCAAUCAUACCAUGGCCUUUUGUGAGUACGCAGAAGCGCGCGCAUUCGUCACGCCUUACCAAGUCCUUCGCUUCUCAGCCACGGCCUUGGGUCUUCUUCAUCUCAGCGCGGCGCCUUCAAGCACCUUCGUCGAAACAACGAAGGCGUUUGGAAGUGCCGUGAUGUUCGCGGAAAAAAAAUCAUUUUUAUCGCAGAAAAAUGCUACUUUGCGUGGGGGCCCGACCAGAUUGUAGUCGGAGAAGCUGGUCGAGAAGCUGGUGGAGAAGCUGGUAGAGAAGCUGGUAGGAUGGAAGGCGACACUCCUAACAGCUUCUUUGCCAGCUCUCGCCAGCUCUUCGCUUUGGCGACCUAGCUAGCUUGUGCGCGCAACGAUCCGCCUCGGGCGAUAAAGGAAAUGGCGAGCGUGCCGUUUGGAAACUGCCCACAAGUGCGAACCUCUGCAGCCCGCACGCACUAGCUUCCUGCGUGCUGGCUGCAAAAAAACCUGCUUGUGUGUAUUUGGCAUCCGCUUGUCAUUUGUGGAUAUUUUGCCUUCUCCGGUGCGUUCUCUUCCACUGGCCCAACCUCUGGCCGAGCCCCUGGCCGCCCAACCUCACUUGUGCCUACCCUAUGAUCACACAGCCUCUUGCUCCACCUCCGGCGCCGCGCCAGGCGGAACCUCGGGCCCCGCGCCUGGCCCGGCCUCUGGCCGGCCAAGUCUAUCUCUGGCCGAGCCCCGCCUGUCCUAGCCGGCUCGGCCUAUCUCGGGCCCGGCCUCUGGCCCAACGAGGAGCCGCCGCCCCGGGGGAUCGGGCUUCUGAGCCGCGGCACCUUCGGCACCAGCUUCGGCACCAGCUUCGGCACCAACUUCGGCACCAGCUUCGCAACCAACCUCAACACCGGCUUUUUUCCAACUUUUCGCUAACUUUUUUUGUCCUUAUCCUACCCCCUAGGCACAUUUGCACAGGAUAUCGUCAGCACUUUGCUGAUUGUCCAUGCACAGCAUCAUCUUUGAUGUUUGUCACUAAUUAUGCAGAAACUGACAAAGAUGAACAGCAACAGUCGACAUCGGCAACAUGUAGGAAUAAAGUAAAAGAAAAAAAGCCCGAGCUUGAUAUUUCAUGCUUACAACUGUGGAGGUCUCUCUAAAACUAAAACAGGACCACGGACACUCCUCUUGACUCCCCAGAUGCCUCGGUAACAAGAUUAGAUAGGAAUUCACUGCGGCCUCUAGCGGGUUGUUGACAUGUACCUGCGAGACCACUAGACAAGAAGGACUGCUAAAGCGUUUCUGUGAUGGAGAUCAUCGUUGCCG